AUGGCGGCGUGCCGAUACCGCGUUUCGAAGCUCCGGAGCGAGAUCGAAAGCGAGCGAAAGCGACAAGGACUCCUUUGCAGGUCGUUUGGACGCAAGGUCGAUGUGUUUGAAGGGUGCAAGCAGUCGACGGCGUCCACUUCGGUUAUCAAAGUGGUCGCCACCAAUUCCACUGUCCAGAAUUGUCGCGCCGCUGGGACGACGACCGAUCCAUCGCCAUGUUGGUCCACCCUGUACGAGCUCAAUAGAGGAGACUGGGACUCUCCGGUCCAAGUCCACGUGUAUCGAUUGCAGAAGUCCCCAAAGCCGACAAAGUCCCUUCGACAUCUCGUCGCAGCCAAGCGCAUUGCUCGAUGGUUCAAGCAAAUCCUUCGCAUGCGCCAAGCGGCUCCAUCCCCGCCACCACCCAUUCCAACGACAACGGAACGUACUCGCAUAAACCCAGACGAUCUCUUGGCACGCAUUACACAGCAAAUCAACGACCAAGCCAACCUCCAACGCCAGAACCGGGCAGGUCAUGUCAUCCAGCGAUUCUUCACCUACGUGCUCAACCGUCGAUCUGCAUCGAUGGGUCAGCAACAUCGACACCAUCGCAUAUUGAUUCGCCAGCAAAUGAGGCGGCGGCAAGCUCAGGAGCUGGACGCCAUGGAGAGGGCAUUUACGUGGAAACAAAGCACGGUCAAGGGCCAUUUCAUUCGUGUUCUUAUCCUGGAAGCGGAGUGGACGGCACAGCCAGGGAGGGCGGACGUGCUGCGGCAGUUGGCAGCUGCCUAUUGGACAUAUUACGACGAACACCAUGCCGUGUACGACCCACUGCAACGAUCGCUUAUGCUGCGGAUGCAUCUCCUAUGCGCAAUGAAAGCCAUUACGUAUGGAUACGAUCCAUCAUCUGCCGAGAAUGACGACGCCGCCAAGUGGUGGAUGGCCAUCGGGCGGCGCUUCCUCUUGCUGUGGGAACACACAACGGACGAGCCAGCGCUGUUGCAGGAAGCGCUGACUGCAUUCAGCAACGCACAGCGAACCAUAUCCGACGAUGCGAUCGAUCCAGAGGUGCUGUGCGACGAAGUGCAUGUGCAGUUUGCUCUCGGGUUGUACUGCCAUGUCAUCAAGAAAUGCCAGCACGUGGCGUUUGAACUGUGGGGAAACCUCGACCGGAUGACGCAGGUGUGGCUAUGGGAAGGCCAGGCCCAUUUUCACGUUGGUGACUACCACGAGGCUGCGCUUCGAUUUCAGUCGAUCAUGACCCGUUCGGUCCCGUCCACCCCUUUGAUGCCUUACACCAACGUUGAGCUCUGGGUAAUCCUGGGGCGCUGCGCCGUCCUUUGCAACAACCUCGAUCGAGCACAGCUCUACUACGACAAGAUUCUCUGCAGCAUGUACGGUGACGAUGACAUUGUUCGGCGAGGAUUGUCGUGGGAACACGUGAUGAACGACGCGACGCUGCACUUGACCUGUGGGUCCAAAUGCGCCAAGCGACGCGACUUUCCGUUGGCAGUCGACUUGUUGCGCUAUGGCAAGCAGUUGAACCCCAAUGUUACGACCGUCCACCACGACGAAGUCUUGGCUGAGUGCAUCCGGCACACGGUGCACUUAGACACGCGGGCGAGCAGGGCUACGUGGGAAGCGCAGAAGCGAAUUCCCCUCACACGAUUGCGUGAACGUCUCGGUGUAGUGCUCUAG